UCUUCGCGAUGAACAGAACCCCGUCGGUUUGUUCCUUGUCGGUGACGCACUUUGGUGGCUCGAUGCGUCCUCUGAGUUGGAUUCUCACCAAACGUGGAUCUUCAGACUUGGAAGCAAAGGAUAUGACACGAUGAGGUGGAACAGAACUGACGAUUUUUCGCCGCCGGCGGUGCACGAGCAUUGUGUUGCGUCUGCUGCAAGGUCCGAGUGGGUACAAAUUCUGUGAUCAAUUUGGCUGGCAUAAGAUCGCAUUGUGCUCUACUUCUUCUGCAACUUGCUCCAGUUCCCUUUCCGUGAGGAUACAAGCCCCAUUUGGACAGAUCCCUUGGGUGCAGGUGGUUCUUUGAUCCUGGGUUGCUGUAUCUUUUUAGAAGGCUUUUAGUCAGUUCGAGGAGCUCAAGUUUUCAAGAUGUGUGACCUAUACUAUUACUUCAAGGGGAAGGAAGAUCGUCGGGAAUCUCGUAAGAGUGUCCCGCUACAACAUGUGUCGGUGACGGGCCAUAUCCGCGAUGCUGUAGCGCAAUACACUCUGGAGCAGACUUUUUUGAAUCCGGAGAAAGAGGCUGGAAUUGAUGCAGUUUACACGUUUCCUUUGUACGAGGGCGCGGCUGUGGUGGGAUUCGAAGCAGAGGUGAAUGGCAGGAAAAUUGUCGGCAAGGUGCAGGAGAAGGCUGCUGCGAAGAAGGAAUACGAAGAAGCGAAGAGUGCAGGGAAACUGGCCAGUCUCUUGGAGCAGGAGUCUCCCGAUGUUUUCCAGACAUCAAUCGGCAACAUUCCAGCGUCAACGGCUAUCAUCAUUCGAAUCACACUUUGGUCCGAGAUGAAACACGAUGCAGAAGAGAAUCAGGUCCGCUUUGUCUUGCCAACAGUCAUAGCGCCUCGUUAUGGCUGGCCUGCACCGGAAGUGAACCUGGAACUCCCUCCUCCCUUCAAAUUACUCUCAGUGAACAUGUCUUGUGCCAUGUCGAAGGCCAUCACAUCCAUCAAAUCUCCUUCUCACACCAUUGAAGUCCAUCUCGGCAACAGCUCUGGGGAGACUCCUACCGCGGAAUCGUUUGAACCGAAUCGAGCAAGAGUGACUUUGACAUCUGAUAGUUUUCUUGAAAAAGACUUUGUGCUUGUCGUCCAAGCCCUGGGGCUGAACGAGCCGUGUGCUCUAGUAGAACGCCACCCCAGAGAUGGAACUCACGCAAUUACGCUUACGUUUUUACCUCGGUUUGCGCUUAGGCCAAUGUCAUCAUCAGAGCUCAUCUUCGUUGUCGAUCGGUCCGGCUCAAUGCAAGGCACCCCCAUCAAGCAGGCUGGGCAGGCAUUGGAACUGUUUUUGAGAUCCAUUCCCUGCGAGGAUCACUACUUCAACAUCAUAGGAUUUGGCGAUAACCACAAAACCCUAUUUCCAAAGUCUACACCAUACAAUGAAGAGACUUUGACGAAGGGCCUUCGCUAUGCACAGGCACUCGAGGCUGACAUGGGUGGGACCGAAAUGAUGAGUGCGUUUGAGGAGAUUUUCGAACACCGCCGCCGUGACGUCCCAACGCAGAUCUUCCUGCUGACUGAUGGAGAGAUAUGGGAUGUGGACUCUUUGAUUGAAUGCAUUAGAGACGCCAAGAAAGAAGAAAAGAGCGAUAACUUCGUGCGCGUGUUUUCUCUCGGCAUCGGAUCCAAUGUAUCACACCACCUUGUUGAAUCCGUCGGAAGGGCUGCUGAUGGGUACGCCCAGCUGAUUGUAGAAGGGGAGCGAAUGGAGAAGAAGGUGAUCAAUAUGCUGAAGUCCGCACUAGUGCCGGCUGUCACCAAUGUUGCCGUGCAAUGGUCGGAAGCAAAUGGUUACGGGGAUGUUGACAUUGCUAGUGGAGACCAUGUGGACGGUUUUGUAAUAGUUGAAGAAAUUGCUGAAGAUGAACCAUCGCAGCCUGUUGCGCCGGAUUCCAACGAGACUGACGGGAACACACCGCCCAUCAAUUUAUUCUCGACGACGCCUGAGGAGCCCUCGCCUCCUCCACCCGUCCCAACCUUACCACCGCCUGAUAUCAUCGUCCCCAUAUACCAGGCUCCAUUCAUACCUCCAAUCUUGAGCCGCGGCGCGAGGUUCACAAUUCACGCCAUUCUGUCAUCUACUGCACCACUUCCUAAAGAACUUGUUUUACGAGGGACGUCCCAGGACGGACCUGUGGAGCUCAAAAUCAACAUCGAAUCGGUUCAGGAAGGAGAAACCAUGUUACAUAGCCUAGCAUCUCGCGCAUUAAUCCGGGACCUGGAAGAAAGAUCUUCCUACGUUCAUGCCUUGGGAAAAGACGCGCCGGCCGCGCAACUGCAGAUGCUGGAGAGACUGGGUAUUCACGUGGUGGCUCAAGGGAGGAAGUUUAAGAACGUACCACUGAGUGACCAUUAUGUGUCGAGAAUCGCGAAGCAGCAUAUUCUCGACAUUGCGCUUCGCUACAACCUGUCCAGCAAGUAUACCAGCUGGGUGGCCAUUGAUGACGAGAGCAAACAGCGCCUUAUCAACGAUGAGUACAAAGACAGUAACGACGAAAUGGGAUUUGCGCUCCAUGAUUCUAUAAGUUUCCCACGGCCUGCUAUGUAUAAAUGUUCUUAUAUUUGUGAACCGGUUGCUUGUGUAGAAAUAGCGACCACAUAUAUAUCCAGUUCUUCCACGGCUGGCAAUCUGACUGAACUUGAAGAAUUUCCGAAGUCGGAGGUGAUGAACUCCGACAACGAAUCGGAGGCAUCUCCUAAUGAUGUUACACCUCCGACCGACUGCGAUUUGUGUCCACGACAGGGAUUUGGUGGGGAAUUGGAGGAGGGGGCACAACAUGUCGAAGUACCACCCACGCCAAUUGACCCGCACGAGCGUUUAUAUUGUCUUUUGCAGCACCAGGCUUUUGAUGGCUCGUUCCCCCUCGUUCCUGACAUUGCUGCUCUUUUUUCUUCUACUGUGGAGGAUUUGAACGUGAAGCUCGGCGAGAUAUGCAAACAAUCCGCAGCGACCCUUUCGAAGCUGGAGUGGGAAGCUGUGUGGGCUACUUGUUUAGCUGUAGAGUUUAUGAGACGAGAUUUAGCGGAGCUGCAAGAGGAGUGGGAGCUUGUGGUGGAAAAGGCUGAGAGGAGAGUGGAAACAAUGGUGAAGAAUGCGCAUGACGUAGCUGCCGUCAAACAGGCUGCAGCAGGACUUGCUGCUGGGGCUAACAAACUAAGUGCUCAGGAAGUGGAGACGACCAAGGAGGCUGCUGGGGAAGGUAUUGGUGAAUCCAUCAUCACUGCAUACGCACAGUCUGCAGACCCAGCCAAAGUGGUCGCCGAGGGUGCUGCAGCUGAAGAUAACAAAACAUGUGCACAGGUUGAGGACAUAGCCAAGGAGGUUGUCAAGGGCGGCGCUGCUGAAGGUCCCAAAGAAUGUGCAACAUAAUGUUCAGAUACUAGCACAGAUAAACUGCAGUGACUGACAUUGUAUAGUGAUGUAAACUUUUUGCGGACAACCUUCUUUUUGUGACAUGGGUGAUCGACUGUGAUAUUAGAUCGUAAACGUGAUAGUGUUGGUAGGUGCAGUCUUGUGUUACGGUAAAAUUACCAGUAGUAUUUGCUAUGAUACAGCCACUUCGACAGUGAUCAAUGCAUUCAUGCAUGUAGAUAGUGUUCAGGUAAAUAUGAAUAUUGGGUUCAAGCAUGGUCCUUUUGAGUAGACCCUGUGACUUCCCAAACAAUGAUAAUUGCGCAUUUGGACUCUUUGCAGGUGGUUUGACAACAUUCUGCAAUUGUUUUUGUAGACAGGAAUGUGUGUCUCACAAGGCUUUUGAUUACGCUUAAAGCUAAUGAAAGAAAAUUAUAGUCUGGAAUACUGCAUAAUAUUUACAUUUAAGACAGAUUAGAACUAGGAAUCCAAUGGCAGGAGGUCGAUACUAUAGCUACGCUCUAUUGUCGGGUAUUCAGUACCAAUUUUGCAGAGGGUCCAAUAAUUAUGACAUUGUGAUCAUUUGAAGUUUGAA